AUGUGGCCGUGGGGGGACCGUACAGGACUUCUUCUGAUCCCACCUCUGCUACUGGCUCUGCAGCUGCUGGUGCUGUGGCCCAAACUGCCCAGUGCUGUGCAGAGAGACGUGGGAGAGCAGACAGAAACGGCGUUCAGCGUGAUGAGCAUCGAUCCGGAAACACGCCAGAGGGGGCGCUCUGCAGGAGGAGCAGAUGUGGGGGCGCAGGGGGGCGCAGGAGGGGGGCAGGGGUUGUAUGAGGACGAGAAUGAGCUCAACUCACGACAGGUUGCCAUGGUGAUAGAGAAGGCUCUCGGGGUGGGGGCUCAUGAGGAGAUGGUGCCAUAUUCUCUGGAGAUGCAGCCUUGGGCUCCCAAUACAUCUUUUGGAGCAGAACUCAACCGUAUACUUAAGUAUAUCAACACUCCACAGCUAAACUGCUCCAAAGUUUUAUCCUCUGAGACGCAGAAGGCCACAGCAGCCCCUCCCCGGUGGCAGCUGUGUGCUGAAGACUGGCUGCUCCACACCAGUCCAUGUGUAGCGUACAGCUUCAGUAUGGACGGGGGAGACAGAGACUUUCAAAGCACUGUGUCAAGGUUGGGCUGCGAAGUCCAUAGUUUUGAUCCCAGCAGUUCCAGUACAUCUGGUGGUCACCUUGGCAACAGUUUUGCAAGCCAGGGAAGAGACAUGUUGAGCCAGCACAAGAUGUGGCUGGAGUGGCGUAGUUCAAGGAAAAGUAAACGGAAGAUGAGAAACAGUGUUUCUUUAACUCUGGCAGACAUCAUGGCAGCUCUGGGACACCGUGCGGUGCACUUCCUGUAUGCAGACCUGCUGAGUGCUGAAUGGAGAGUCUUCCAGAACUGGAUUGAGUCAGGCACUUUGCAAAGUGUCCAUCAUGUGGUGGCCACAGUGAACCUGCAGUGGGCCGGGUUUGAGGUGACCGGAACAGAGCAGGAAGUGCUGCGUUACUGGUUCAGUGUCUUACUGGGACUGCAGGCCUCUGGACUCAGGCUGGUCCACAGCUCUGCAGGAAAAGGGCAAAGUGUUCUCAAACAAACUGUGACAGGAGCACACAGUUCCUACACACUGAGCUGGGUCAACACCAGCCUCUAA